UGAACUUGAUUCCUAAUGUUCUGCAUUUAUAUUCAUAACAGUUCUUGGAAAUUUUUUAAAUGAUUUAAGCAACCAGUGACUACAGUCUUAAAGACGCGUGCGAAUUCGCAUGAAAAAUUCGGAACUUAAAGUCAACAAAGAACGAAGACAUCAAUUUUAGACCCGUCACAGAAGACAAUUUUUUACGAUUAUAAAAGCAAUCCUAAGGACGAUAAAGGUUCAUAACAGUUCUGACGCCCAAGCUAACGUGAGAAAAUCGCAUAUACUACCUGAAGAAGUCCCCAAAUGGCAGUUCCUUUUAUAGGUGGUGUAAUGGUUGGUGGAUUGUGGGUAUGGAAGUACUUUAGAGGUGAAAACGAUGGUGAUGAUCCUCCUCCUACUCCUACACCAGUAACGACUUGGACGACACAAGAAACAUACGAAGYGACAGCAUCAGCCUUUUCUGUCAUCACUGGUGUAAAGAUCAUAAGCCAAAAGAAUGUACAAAAGCUGCUUGAACAAGGCAAGGAGGUGAAAGCACUCGAAAUCAAGGAUGUCUUCUACGGUCACCUCAGCUCUUCCAAGACACAAGCCGACGAUGAAGAACAACUUUAUUAUAUCCCGGAUUCUGCUUACGAUCCACAGUACGACUAUGACUUUACUAACUACAAGGAAGAUGACACUAACUGUUCCAGAGGAGACUAUCCAUACAAGAGACCAGCUGGAUGGAACAGAAAGGCUGUAUAUUUAGGAUUAUGGAAUAGUGACUUUAGUGGAAUAUUUAGGAUUUGUCUUCGCAAAACAAUCAAUACGACGUGAGUUAUCCUUUUCAUAUGGAGUAGACUUGUAGAGACUAGAAAAAGAAACUCACUAGAGAAUGAACUUGAAGAAUAUUUAGGAUUUGUCUUCGUCAAUCGAUACGAAGUGGAUUUUCAUUUUCAUAUUUUAAGACUUUUGUAGAGACUAAGAAAAGAAACUAAAGUAACUGAUUUCUCCUUAGCUGCAUGAUAAUUUAAAUAUGUAGUCAAGAUUUUCUCUUAGAAUCGACUCCUGCCUACAGCCAAUCGACUGGAAAUAAGAUUUACUUUGAACACUCGAUGUAUUUGAACCAAACAAUGCUUCAUUUUAGAGGGUUUAAAAUAGUAGAAGUUUUACUGUAAUAAAAUCACCUCGGUUAGCCAGAAAAAGACAGCAACAAAAAACACAACUUAGAAGCAGAAACUGUAAUAUCUAAGAUAACUUGAAUCGCUUUGGUAGAGAUUCUAUAAGAAAGUUUUGGAAAAUGCACUAAAAGUCUGUUUUACGGGA